AUUUGGAAAAAGGGGGCGUGGAUUGAGACGCGAAGGAGGGGAUCGAUCUCUCGCAAGGCAGGCAGUGAGCGCUCGGGUGUCUGACUGCCCUGGGCGCCAGUCCCCGCGUCCCUGUUUGUCAACUGUGGGCCUCGGUCCUCCCUGUGCCUGUCUGUUAAAUGGGAUCGGUGGUGACCGCGGGCUGACGGUUGCUGCCAGGCUGUAAGGAGGUGACAGGUGCACAGCCCCUCCGUCGGAGCUCAGUGCGUUGGAGCUACCGUCGUCCUGGCUGGGGCCCCUGGUACUGAGCUCUUGAAGGUCUCUUGAGGAAGUGAAAAAAAGGCAGGCUGCAGGUCACCUUGCUACCGUUCACUGUUGUACUCAAGUUUAGCGUUUAUGGGGCAGUAAAAUCGCUUGUGGGUUAUUCUGUGUGGGUCAUUUCUAGGCCAUUUCGCCUGAACUCUUGCUCUGGCAGGCUACGUGGCCCUGUCCCUUGUUUACUUACAGGUUAUUUCCUCCUUCGGGGGCUACAGCCUGAGCCCUUACAAGGGGGAUGAACACAAGAAAAUAACAGUAGGCCUGCCCUCUCCAGGCACAGCAGAGAUGGCAGACGAUCAGGGCUGUGGCGUGGAGCAAGCAGCUGGGGACUCAGCAAGCAGAGAUGCAGUUGAUGCUAAGCCAGACCGGUCUUCCUUUGUGCCAUCACUCUUCAGUAAAAAGAAGAAAAAUGGCUCGGGAAGAUCAGUCACGACCACCCAGGACCGAGUGCCUGCAUAUCAGUAUAACAUGAAUUUUGAGAAGGUGGGCAAAUGCAUCAUCAUAAACAACAAGAACUUCGACAAAAAGACAGGCAUGGGCGUCCGAAACGGAACAGACAAAGAUGCCGAGGCUCUUUUCAAGUGCUUCAGAAACCUGGGUUUUGAUGUGGUCGUCUACAAUGACUGCUCUUGUGCCAAAAUGCAAGAUCUGCUGAAACAAGCCUCUGAAGAGGACCACAGAAAUUCGGCUUGUUUCGCCUGCAUCUUACUAAGCCACGGAGAAGAAAAUUUAAUUUAUGGAACAGACGGCGUGACCGCGAUAAAGGACUUGACAGCCCAUUUUAGGGGGGACAGAUGCAAAACUCUUCUAGAGAAACCCAAACUCUUCUUCAUUCAGGCUUGCCGGGGGACCGAGCUCGAUGACGGGGUCCAGGCUGACUCGGGGCCUAUCAAUGACACAGAUGCCAAUCCCCGAUACAAGAUCCCCGUUGAAGCCGACUUUCUCUUCGCCUAUUCUACAGUCCCAGGCUAUUACUCAUGGAGGAACCCGGGCAGCGGGUCCUGGUUUGUGCAGGCCCUGUGCUCCAUCCUGAACGAGCAUGGCAAGAGCCUGGAGAUCCUGCAUAUCCUCACCAGGGUGAACAACAGGGUGGCCAGGCACUUUGAGUCCCAGUCUGAUGACCCCUACUUCCACGAGAAGAAGCAGAUCCCAUGUGUGGUCUCUAUGCUCACCAAGGAACUCUACUUCUGAAAAUAACCAUCCCAGGGAUGCAUUCUAGCCGAAAAGCUACGGAUCAUUUGUUCAUGAGUCUUUUUUUUUUUUUUUUUUUUUUUUUUAAUGCUCUUGAAAUACCAGGAAAUUCUAAAGGAUUUUAAUUUUAGGAACACUUGUUGAUUCAACAGGAAAGAAACUUUUCUGGUGCUGUCUUAUGUAUCUAUGUUUUGGGAGAGUUUUGUUUUGUUUUGUUUUGUUUUGUUUACAAUGUUGUCCAUUUGAUGACUUCGUAAUUUCUUCUUAAGACUAAUUUUCUGUUUGUAUUUUUCUCCUUGUUGUCAUUUAGUACAUACAACAAAAACGACCUCUGCAGAUGACUCUCGGCUGUGCCCACCAUGAUCAGUGGUGACACGGCAGACAGAGUCCUAUUUGCACCUGGCAAAGAGCAUUCCAGUGCUUGAGAAAAAGCAGUGUGUGUUCACCUGUAUUGCAUAAAGUGGGUAUUGAGUGUGAUUUGAGUGAUUUUUCAUCGGCUUAGGGCAGAUUCUCACGCAAAAAUUCCCAGAGAAGUUAAAGGAGAGGGAAAAAAAUCAAUGAAUCUAAUACAUAUCAGACAGAAAACAGAAGCCAUACUAGGUGUUUCAAUAGAGGGGCUUUAAUAGAGGAGAUUGACUUACAAAGAUAAUCAAAAAGAAGCCAAAUAAAAGGAAUCUGGUACCACCGAGGGAUAUGAAAAGGUGUGGUUCCCUUAAUCCAGAAGCUGGGGUAGCCCACAGGAACUGGCCACAUGGGCAUGGUGGGAGCUGCCUGGUGAGAGCUAGGAUCACCCAGGGAUAGUGGGAGUUGGAGCCAUGGCACAGACAAAGCCCCUGCCUGAGAUGGGGCAAUACCAGCCGAGUCAGAUGUGGAAAAAUACCCCAGCUUCAUCUCUCCCGCCCUGAGUCUCCCCCUGGCACCCUACCCUACCAGCAUUACCUGGAAGCCAGCUGGCAAGGGCCCUUGGAAAUGUGAUUUCAUGCAGUACAGAGCACAGCAAAGCCUAGUGAGGCAGGGCAGGAACAAGAAAUGGUUAUCAGAAUGGCCCAUAAUGUGAAUAUAAGUCAUCAUAUUCCCUGAUGUUCAGCAAUUCCUCCAUUCAAUCAUUUAUUCAUUGCGUUGUCAGAUAAUCUAUGUAUUGCCCACUCUGUGCAAAAUAAUCUUUUUUUAGCUUUAACAUAUACCUGGAACUUGUUAGAUUAUUCCAAGCCUCAUUCUGAGUAAAUUUCUUGUUACCUCUAAUUCUAUUAUGUGGGCAAUGUUUAUGGCAGAUUCUCGCACUUUGUUUACAAGGUUACUUUUUGAAUUCUUGAUAAGUUACUAUUUUAUUCUGCCUAAUAACUGGUUAACACACAGAUGUUCAUAUUUAUUGAUUAAAAUGUGGUUGCUUAAUUCCUAA